UGCUUCACUAUCACCUGCAACGGAACACCUGGUGGUGUUGUUGGGCAACUCUCGGAUGGACAGCUUCGUUGCGGACAAGGCUUUGCUGCCUCAACCUUCUGUAUCAGCGAGAAAGGAGGAUUGAUCGAUGCCAACGGAUUUGGCUGCAUCCUGACUCCACCAACCAAGCAAUUCCAGUGCGACCAUGGCGUCGAAGGGUUCAUGGGUUGGUCCAUCAGCGACAAAGGCCUGCUCUUCUUCGAGCAAAUCAGCACGUGGGUCACUUGCCCAACUGGAGACCAUGGAGGAUACAACAUCUACAGAGAGAGACCCGGUACUCAAGGCGGCUGCGUGGAGAUCACAAUAACGGCGGAUAGCUGCUUCUCCAGUGUGGGCUCGACUUCUGAUUGUCCAGCCACUUUGGUCGAACCUUGGGAAUUCCCUCACCUGAUUGUGCCCAUUGAUUCUUCCAAACCCACCACUACCUCUGGCACGCAGUUCUUCGGCAAUAUCAGCUCUACUGUCAGCUCUACCUUCCGCUUUGACAUCAGCGGGGAUCUGAAGGGCAAGACCUGUUCUCUUGUCUUCAUGUUUCCGGAAAGAUACCAACUGGAGACCUCGAACUUCGAAAUUUCCGGCUCCGGCGAAGUCACCUUCUCGUUGCUCGAGCAUGCAAUCACCGAGUCCAUGUCUUACAAUUCUUCUCCCAAUAUCAAGAAGAAGCUUGUGACCCACACCCUUGUCGCCGGACACAGUUACACAAUCGACACCUUCGACUGUCCCGCGGGCGAAUCCAUUGGUUUCAAGAUGGAGACUUGCGACACAAAGAACCCCACGAAAUUCAAUUGGUUCCAGGACUACAACCCUUGCCCGUAA